AUGUCCGCCGCUGCGAUGGACCACUCGUCCAAGAGGCCGCCCCUCAACCUGGAGCACCACUACUCUUCGGUCACCAACAGGCGCCUGCCCAGCAAGAUGAAGGAGUAUUACAAGUAUUUUCAGAUCCCGGGCAUUGGGAACUUGGCUGGAGGCCUGCCGCAUUCGAGCCUGUUCCCGUUCGACACCCUUGAAGCGCAGGCGGCGAAGCCCGAGCGCUGGGAGCCGUCCCCGAUCCCCGAUGACGGCACCACCGGGGUCACCACCGCUCUCCCGAUCCGGAGCAGCGCCGGUGCAGGAAAGGACACGGAGAAGGACGUCAAGGCGGCGCGGCACGUCACCGUCCCCGGGACCGAUGCGGACCCCGACCCGCUCCGGCGCAUCGACGUCGCGACGGCGCUGCAGUACGGCACGGCCGAGGGGUACCCGCCUCUGCGGUCGUUCAUCAGGCAGUUCACCCGGGAGCACCUGCACCCCAACGUGCCGUACCUGGGCGGGCCCGAGGUCAUCCUCAGCUGCGGCUCGACCGACGGCUUCUCCAAGACGCUGGAGCUGCUGACGGACACGUGGGACCCGGCCCGGGACCCCGCGGCCGAGAGGCCGGGCAUGCUGUGCGAGGUCUUUGUGUACAGCCAGGUCCUGUCGCAGGCGCUGCCGAGGGGCGUGCGGGUCGUCCCCGUCGAGAUGGACGAGGGCGGCAUGAGCGUCAGCGGGCUGGAGGAGGUGCUGGCGGGGUGGGACGAUAGGAACGGCAAGCGGCCGUCCUUCCUGUACACCGUGACGUGA